AUGCCCCCUCGCAUCCAAAGAUUUCGCAUAAGGCUCAUGCGAUAUCAGUUCACAGUCAAGUAUGUUCCAGGAAAGUACCUGGCCACGGCAGACACCCUCUCUAGGGAUCCCGAAGGCUCUUCCACGUCCGAAGAGGACAGCUCAGAAAUUUUUGUGUCUCGGGUCGUGGCAGCCCUCCCUUCAACCCUGGCCGACCGUCUUGAAGACUUCAGGUCUCACCAAACUUCAGACGGCGAGUGCUCAAUGCUGAAAGCAUACUGUACGAAAGGGUGGCCUCGACGAGACCAUCUGCCGCUCAACAUGACGCGUUACUGGGACCACCGGGGAGACUUCACUGUAUGCGAGAACAUGCUGUUCAUGGGCGGACGCCUAGUUGUGCCCGCAGCACUACGCAGAAACAUCGUGAACCUGCUGUACGAUGGUCACCAAGGCGUCAAUCGGUGCUUGGCGGUGGCCCGAGGCUCUGUAUGGUGGCCCGGUUUCAACAACCAGGUUAAAGCAGCCGUAUAG